AACUUCUAUGGCAACAAGUCCACUGAUUUAUUGACUAUAUUAUCACGGCUCAGCAGCCACUUGGUACUCCUCUUCUGUCUGACAAAUCAUACGUCCGGAUUGAAGUGAUAUCCCGCCGGCGCCGGAACCUCCCUUGACAGGAUACGGCUCAUCAUUUGGGACAACCGAAAUAGCCCCAUUCAAUUCUUAGACCCGUCAUCCAUCAGUCAUCCAGAAUGAGACAGACGCUUCGUAUCUGCCUCUCUUCGACGACGGCACUCGUGGCGGUCAUCCUCGUUCUUGCCUUGAGCGCCAGUGCGUCUCCGGCCAGCCCCGCCCUCCCCCGGCGUGAAGAUCUCGGUCAUCAGACCACCUUUUCCGUCGGACACCAUCACGAAGAGGAGCCUUUGGCUGUUGGAGCAACGAACGAGGUGGAAGAUUACACCGGAUAUGAGGUCUGGCGACUUAGCCUGUUAGGAGGACAACAGGUGCAGGAUGAUGGUCUCGAUGCGGGCAAAGCCGCAAAGCACGUCAUGGAAGUUGCACGGCUCCUUGAUCUGGACAUCUGGCACGCAUCGCGAUCGCAUGUCGACAUCCUCCUUUCGCCCAAGAUCAAGUCCCACUUCUUCUCCCUCCUCCCCCGCUCCUUACACCCUACUUCCCCCUUGGUCGACACGGACCUUCUCCAAACCCUGCUCUCGCGCCCUCAUCACCGACAUCAUCGACGCCCACCCCCUUCUCAGCCUCCCAUACCAAGCCCUCCGAUCGAUCCUUUCAAUCUUACCACCCUGCAAUCGCCUUACCACGACGCUUAUCAUUCCCUGAGCAACAUCACCGAGUUUGGGAAACAGUUGGAAAAGACCUUCCCCGGGCUGGUUAAGAGGUUCAUCGUCGGCAAGAGUGCCGAGGGAAGGGAUGUAGAGGGUCUGAGGCUGCACAAGUUUGUCAAUACUACCGGUGACGACGAGGAUGAGAUCGACUGGUCGCCUCGAACUUUGAUGGGAAGGAGGAAGGGCAACGUGGAAGAAGCUAAAACGAGAGUUUUCUAUCUUCAAGGAGGUCAACAUGCCCGAGAGUGGAUCGCUCCCUCUUCCUUGCUCUAUUUCGCUCAUCAUCUCCUGGUUCAAGCUGCUCAAUUCAACACGCACAUCGUCCACCUUCUGGAGACGUACGAGUUCAUCAUCGUGCCUACGAUCAACCCUGACGGCUACGAAUACAGCCGAGAUCAUUCGAGGCUGUGGAGGAAGAACAGACAAGACUUGGAUUACAGGAACUGCAAGGGUAUCGACAUGAACUCCAACUGGGGCUACCAAUGGUCGCCGAACAUGAUGGCUAGCAACCCAUGCUCGGAAGCUUACCCCGGUUCCGCUGCUUUUGAGGCGGUAGAGACCAAGCUUGUCGCCGAUUUCUUGGAGGAGAUCAAGGAGAUCCGGGAUGUCAGGGCGUUCGUCGAUAUUCACAGUUAUGGCCAGCUCUUCAUGUUCCCCUAUGCUUACUCGUGUUCGGAUUUCCCUGGGGAUGCUGAGACGCUCAUGGAAGCCGGUCUCGGUGUGGCCAAGGCGAUGCGGAACACGCAUGGGACCGUCUACCAGGCCGGACAAGCCUGUGAUCUGGUUUAUCGAAUGUCGGGAGAUUCGAUCGAUUAUGCGUACGGAUCUGCCAAGAUCCGAUGGAGUUAUUCUGUCGAGCUGCGUGAUACCGGUACAUUCGGGUUCCUACUCCCUCCCAGUCUCAUCAGGGAGACCGCUACCGAGGUCACCGAGGGAUUGGUCUACCUCGCCAAGUUUAUCAACACUAUCGAAGGGUUCGAGUAGGUUGGAUACUCGUCGGGACAGACAUCAAAGAAGGGUUUCGGCCGUGGUGUUGUAAUAAAAUGGAUAAGACGGAUUGUUCUACAUCGAUCAUCGAUAUCGUAUAUCAUCGUAUAUUCAA